GGUGACCUUCACGAUUACGAAAUACUCUAAUUGUGUGCGGUUUAUAGACCUUACUCCGUAACUUUGUUAACAGAUUAUCUGGUGACAAGAAGCGAGUUAUGGACCAGAACGCUUUGCGGAGUAUAUUCAGAAGAAUUGACAAGAAUGGAAGUGGAACUAUAACUGCUGACGAAUUGCAAUCUUGUCUAUCGAACGGUUUAGGAACGACGUUCAACAUAAGAACAGUACAGUUAAUGAUUACAAUGUUUGAUUGUGAUAUGAAUGGAACAAUUAGUUUCGAUGAAUUUGGUAAACUUUUUAAGUAUGUAAAUGAUUGGCAAAAUUGUUUCCGACAAUUUGAUCGAGAUAACUCCGGUUCAAUUGACCGUCAAGAACUCAGUACUGCUCUGAUGAGGUUUGGUUAUAACCUAUCGCCACAAUUUAUAAAUUUUAUGGUUAGUCGAUUUGGUCAUAAUCGUCGGGAAUCUAUUUCAUUCGAUGAUUUUAUUUAUGCAUGUGUCUGUUUACAAGUGAGUGUUAUCGAUGUUUUAAUUAUUAUUGUUUGUUCAUUUUAAAGAAAGUCUACUAUUGUUUUAUCAAAUAUUUACGAGUUCGCUGAUGUAGGAGAAAACUGGCAUUUAUAGAAAUACAGGUUCAUGAAACCGAAACAUCUUCAGAAGACAGCAUCGACGAUCUCCGUAAACGUACUUCCAAAAGUGACCUCUAGGAGUUUCUCGGAAAUACAAUACAAUAUCUAAGAAGCAAAAUAAAUCAACCGUUUAUCAAAUAUUUCCAGCAAUAAUUUGUCACUUAAAAAUAUUCUCACUGGUGCAUUCAGGCGAUAUGACUAUAGAAUGAUUGGUCAGGCUCAGUUUUCAUUUGAACAAUUUCUUACAGCAGCAUUUUCAGUUGUUAUAUAAACUUUAAGUUCAGAAGGACCAGACUUACAUUUUUCUAUAACUACUGACUCUGGAUUUUGUAACUUCCCUACCUAAUUUUUUCAAAAAGUGUUUUGUUAGCCUGUGUAAUUUGUAAUUUUGCACCAUUUGUGGAUAUAUUAAACUUACUCUGAUUAUAUGCUUUGUUCAUUUUUUUUACAUUGUACCUUCUAAUCUAAAGUUGCUUUAUUUUGUUCGUAUUGGCAUUUUCUCUUUUGUAUUACAAACCCUGAAGAAAAAAAUCCACCACAAUAAUAUAAGUACAUUCAUAAAUAUAUACAAUACAUUAUUCAUAAUGCACUUUUUUUAUUGGUGUCUUUUUCUAAAUUCUAAACAGUAUUCAAAGAGUGCCCCUAAAUAAAUAGUAUCAUUUUGU